AUGGCUGGCCUUCAACAAUACAACUUCUUCCCCACUGAUCUCUUGUACCCUCGUCCACAACCACAACAAGCUUCUCCAAAACCCACUGUGCUUCCUCUCCAAACCCCUAAUUCUCAAGAUCACACUCACCACCAACAACCACCUAGGACCAAUGCCACCCCUUCUACUUCUGCUCUUGUUUAUACUCAAAAGAAUCAAUCUCUUGCUGCUGUUGACAACAACAAGAUCCCCAAAUUCUCAUCAGACCCUCUUUCUUGGGUUCUUUGGAUCACCGAAGAUGAACAGGAAAAUACCUCAGACUCCUCUUGA